AUGCAGACAGCCUACUCGGGGCGGACCCCCAAGCGGCCCCGGUGCGAUAGCAGCCCGAGUACGCCGCCGAGCGCCUAUUCCCCCGCGGCGGAGAGGUCCCCGGACCCCAAACUGCCCGCCGACCGCAGGAGCUGGGACCCGGAGCAGGUGUGCCUCUUCCUGGAGCGCAAUGGCUUCAAGGACCCCGCACUGCUGGACCGCUUCCGAGAAAAGAAAAUCACAGGUUCAUUGCUGUCCAAUCUUGAUGAAUCUCAUCUUGAUAAUCUUGGAAUAAGUUCUCUGUCAGAGAGAAAGAAGCUGCUUAAUGCUAUCCGACUGAGUCAAAUUCGUGGUGAUAUAAUGAAGGUUAUUAAUGAUCCUAUCCAUGGACAUAUUGAAUUUCACCCUCUCCUUAUUCAAAUCAUCGACACACCUCAAUUUCAGCGGCUUCGAUAUAUUAAACAGUUGGGAGGCGCUUACUAUGUUUUUCCAGGAGCUUCACACAAUCGAUUUGAACAUAGUCUAGGUGUAGGAUAUCUAGCAGGAUGUCUAGUUCGAGAACUGAGUGAAAAACAACCAGAGCUGCAGAUCAGUGAACGAGAUAUGCUUUGUGUUCAGAUUGCUGGGCUUUGCCAUGAUCUUGGUCAUGGGCCAUUUUCUCAUACGUUUGAUGGAAGAUUUAUUCCACUUGCUCGCCAAGAUAAAAAAUGGAAGCAUGAACAGGGCUCAGUUGAUAUGUUUGAGCACCUCAUUAAUUCUAAUGAUCUCAAACCCGUCAUGGAACGCUAUGGUCUCAUCCCUGAAGAAGAUGUUAUCUUUAUCAAGGAACAAAUUAUAGGACCACCUAAAACACCAGUUAAAAAGCAAUCGUGGCCAUAUAAAGGCCGUCCUAAAGAGAAAAGCUUCCUUUAUGAGAUAGUGGCCAAUAAAAGAAAUGGCAUUGAUGUGGACAAAUGGGAUUAUUUUGCCAGGGACUGCCAUCAUCUUGGAAUUCAAAAUAGUUUUGAUUAUAAGCGCUUUCUUAUAUUUGCCCGUGUCUGUGAAGGAGAUAAUUCGAAGACUAUUUGUACCAGGGAUGAGGAGAUUUGGAAUCUGUAUGACAUGUUCCAUACACGCGCCUCUUUACACCGUAGAGCUUAUCAGCACAAAGUUGGCAACAUCAUUGAUAUGAUGAUUUCAGAUGCUUUCCUCAAAGCAGACCCCUACAUAGAGAUUGCAGGUACUGGAGGGAAAAAAUGUCGAAUUUCCACAGCAAUUGAUGACAUGGAAGCCUUCACUAAGCUGACAGAUAACAUUUUCCUGGAGAUUUUACACUCUGCUGAUCCUAAUUUGGCUGCUGCACGAGAGAUUUUAGAAAAAAUUGAACGCCGUAAUCUAUACAAGUAUGUGGGUGAGACUCAGACAGAAGAUGGGAAAAUUAUAAAGGAAAUUGUUGAAAAGUUUCCACAAGAUAUUGCCAAUGCGAAACCUGAUGUAAUUAUCCUAGACGUUGAACUGAAGGCUGAAGAUUUUAUAGUGGAUGUUAUCAACAUGGAUUAUGGAAUGGAAGACAAAAAUCCUAUUGAUAAUGUUCACUUCUAUUGUAAGGCUGACCUCAACAAAGCUGUCAAGAUUAGUAAAGAACAGGCUUCACAGCUUUUGCCAAAGAAAUUUGAGGAGAAGCUAAUUCGAGUGUAUUGUAAAAAGACGGAUAAAAAGAGUUUGUUUGCUGCACAACAAUAUUUUGUUAAUUGGUGCAAAAAGAGGAAUUUCAUCAAACCAAAGGAUGGCGAUGUUAUAGCCCCACAAAUAACACCUCUAAAACCGGAAUGGAAUUGCUCAAAUACAGCUGAGAGUCCAGCUUCUUCCCACGCAAAGAGAAAACUGUAUAGCAGUAUGUAA